AUGCGCUGGACGUGUCUAUCAUUGGUCCGUCACGACAGCGGCGAUGAUUGCUGCAGCAUCUCCGACUGCAGCACCCGCAUCGCGUCGCACAGCGUGCGCGCCACGCUCAAGCCACACAAUGACAGCGCAUCAACCGCAACCACAUCCUCCAGGACCAAUAAUUAUUCCAGUCCUUAUUCCACCCACCACCACCACUACCACUACCACUACCACUACCAACCACUACUGCUACUGCUGCCGCUGUCUCUUCCCCUCCAUCUCGAGCUUGAGCAAUUCUUUCGGAAUGAGAUGGCUAUCGAACAUGACGACGUUGUCGACGUUAACGACUCGGUCUUUAUGGCUUCCCUUCUCGCCAAUGAGCUCAAGAGCUAUUCGUUCGACUUGGACGCUCUGAGACAAUGGAUGAUUGCUUUUGUAGUAUGCGACUUCAACGUUGAUGUCGGUGUCGAAGUCGAGUACAUGUUUCCGUCAACAAACCUCUCAACAACAGACAUCCAGACAAUCUGCUUCAGCAGCUUCCCCGAGAAAAACAACCCCGACGCCAUAAUCGAAGACUCUGCCUUCCACUUCAAAUUCCGGCACACCUCUCCCGACGUGACCGUAGGCCCCACGGAAGACCCGGCACAUUGGUACGGCUACUGUUUAUUCCGACAAAAGCGGGACAUCUCGGUGAAGCGGCACUACAGACAAAAGUCAUUGAUCCUGGUGUCGCAACAUGAGUUCCCGCCGCUAUUCAGCCACAUCGUGCAGACUGUGUCGAUGCUGGAGUUCGCCGUGAGCCCAGCUCUCUGUGAGAGCGCUUGUUCGAAUAUUGCUGCGUGGGGACCACCGGAGAUUGGGAUCAAAGAGUUACCGUUCCUGGGAGAGAUACUGGAGGUUCACAUACCGCUUCAUAAUUCGUUUCCGCUCCAGGGCGUCAUGUCGCACUCGUCCAGCGCGGAUCUGCGCGUGGAGUUCAAGGAGGUCCACGCUGCUGCACCAACGGGAAGCUGGGCGAGACUGGCGCAUAUGCUCACGUCUCUGUCGGAGCUUUACAUCAUCUUCGAACGUGCACUGCUCUCGGAGCCGCUGGUAAUUCUGGCGGAUGAUCCUAGGACGGCCAGUGAGUUUGUGAGCUCGGUCGUGGAUCUCAUUCGGCCGGUGCCGUUUGGAGGAGAUGUUCGGCCAUUCCUGACGAUGCAAUCUGAUUUCUGUCCCAAUUCACAAGAAUCAUUACCAAUGCGACAUUAUCUGAUUGGCAUCACGAAUCCCUUCUUCCUCAAACGAAUACAAUGCCAGGGGAAAGAACCCAACCAGGCACACGUAGUCUACCUAGCCGGUCCGGAAACGAGACGGAAAUCAGGUAUGAUGUUCUACACAUCGUUCAUUGAACGCGCAGAGCAAGCUUCCCAUGUGGUACCCAAUGAAAGCAAAGGAUACAUCGCCAAGGACCUGACCUUCCUGCGCAAGCUGGACGUGCUACUCAAAGACCCAGAAAGCUCACCCCAAGAUGUCAGUAGAUUCGUGCGCCGCCACUUUGCUCUUCUCUCGGCAUUGUUCCUGGCACCAUUGAACCGAUACCUGGCUACUCUAACCUCCUCGACGCCGGACUCGAGCGUAAUCGACAUGGGAAGUUUUUCGGAAGAGGACUUUUUGGAUAGUCUAUCAAAACACGGCUGCUCUGUGGCAUUCAAGGGAAAAACCAGCUACCUUCGUCACCGGACCGCGGAAGCCUUCUAUCGAAAAUUCUGCAGGUCUCCAAGCUUCUUCACGUGGUUGGAGAUGAAGGUGAGACUGCAGACUGCCGACUUGCCUGUAAUUCCAAUGAAUGGGGAUUUAGAGAUCAAAGUGGAGGGAUAGCUGCUUUCACACUACUUGUCCGGUUUUUCUUUCACGUGCUAGCACAUCCAUUCGUUCGUUCCGCCAACCGGGUGCCUGGCAGUUCAAAAUAUUUUCUUUUCAUCGUGUUUUCUUCUCCCUCUUCUUGGUGAGUCUGUAUUAUAUGGGUGGCAGUGGACUUUUGCUUUUCCAGUGUAAGGUGUUUUAAUGAAAUCCAUUCGAGUUCGGUGGGUUGGGAUUAUUUUCAUACCUACCCGUCGGAUACAAUGUAUGUACCAAAGUAUACACUGAAGUAUCGACGUCAUCUCGAUAGCC